AUGUCCUCGACUCUCAGCUCCCCAUCGCCGAACAACAGCAACCUUUUCACGGCGAGCUACGAGAGGACGGACCUCACCGAGGCGCAAAGACAGAUGAGCCUGCUUCUGUUCGGCUUGUGCGUCGCCAUCGCCGCUCUUACCUUCUUAGGAAGUGUUUAUUCUCUCUUCUUUUUCAUUCGGAUGAGGUGGAAAACCAUCCUGUGGCUCAUCGUGGCUUCAAUGUCCGUGGACGACCUGCUCAGCGUGAUACCUCUCUCCCUCUUCAUGCUCCUCCAGUGGGAGAGAGAUGGAGAGGGAGGGUCGGUGACCAUAUGCACGUUAUCGGGACUUCUCUAUGUGUUCCAAGGACUCUCCAGCAAUAUGAAGGCUUGCCUUAUCGCAGCCUAUACCUUUUACGUUACCAAGCGAGAAGGAAGCCCUCGGCCGUUAAGGGUGAUGUUGGCGAUAGCAGGGGUGUGGGUAGUCAGCCUGGCCGUCAGUGUACUACCCCUGUGCGGCUGGGGGACUUUCACUCGGCUCUCUCUCGGCUGCUUCCCGGAGAGACGAGGCUUUUACCUUCUGAUCCUUUUCUCUUUGUACUCCGUGUGUUUCUGCGGAUUGGUGAUCUUCUUCGUUCCUCUCACCUACCAGCUUCUGUGUUCCAGAGAGCCACAGGGGACGUUAUACCCGAGCUACUUGGAUAUAGCCAGGGAUCUAAGAGGGGACGGGUCUGCGCCUCUCUGCGAACUCCCGUCCUUCUCUCGGGAUAGCUUGGACAGAAGUUUCAGUACCUACAACGAGCUGAGUCCGGGUGGGUUGGGGAAAGGGUUAGGGGUGCGGGACAAAGUGGAAACAUAUACCCGUUCAAACCCUGCCUCUGACGGUGUACUGAGGGAUGGCGGUACCAUCUGUAACUGGGAAUCCCCGGUGUUCUUUGCACAAAAGCGCUUCUCCAUGAUCCUAGCGGUGGUGAGAGUUGUCUUGUGGACGCCUAUGAUGACUCUGGUGCUCGUGCGUCAUGCUGUAAACGCCAGCAGCUCAUACCUGGAGGCGGUGGAAACGGUGAGCUUCUUCCUGACCCUGCUGGCGCCUGCUGUCACGCCGGUGUUCAUACUCUCCGAUCGCUGGAUCCACCUUCCGUGCGGCUGCUUCAUCAACUGCCCGCGGGACACAGAGCAUGAGCCCACCGCAAAGAAGAGGUUUGAAUUUAACCUCUCCUUCCAAAAAGGGUACGGAAUAUACAAGAUAUCGCACGCGACCAAACCCCACCGAAACCCGUCCUUCGAGAAGCAUUCCUAUUACGACUUCUUCAACUGCGACUUCACAGAAAACCAGUUUGCCGUGCUGGACAGCUCCGGGGUCGCGAGCCUGCAGGUCGAGCUGGAGUUCAGGACCCCACGUGCAGUGGACAGUUCCCCACUGCGUGAACAUGGCGAGCUGCUUCUCGAGGUAGUGCCAGGUGGAGGAGAGACCCUGGCGCUGGCAGACUGCCUCCAAUUUCCUCACGAUAACCACAGAGACCAGGUCCUCAACCUCACCGACACGUCGUCAGUGUUCGAGGGAACGGAACGGAGACUGUCGCAUGUAGAGUGCAGAAAAAUGGAGCUGAUGGACUGGGAGUGGUGUAGGAGUAAAUCCGAGAGGACCCCCAGACAGAGAUCUGGGGGAGGUCUGGCCCUCCCUCUGUGUGCCUUCCAGGGCACCGUCUCCCUGCAUGCCCCCACAGGGAAGACCCUCUCCCUCUCCACCUACGAGGUCAGCAGCGAUGGCCUCACCAUCUCCCCCCACGCCACCAAGAAGGUGGAGGUCUACCGCUCAAAGUCUGUAGGCCACGAGCCCAGUGCAGACGACCCCACCACCGGGGGCCCGGCCGGGGGAGUGGGGACCGAGGUGGAGGUGGCAAUGCGGGACACCAAUGUGAAGAUCCACCUGGAGGUGUUGGAGAUCUGUGACAACGAGGAGGCCACGGACAGCGUGUCCAUCAUCUCUAACAUCAGCCAGUCGUCCACCCACGCCCGCUCCCCGUCGCUGCGCUAUUCUCGGAAGGAGAACCGCUUUGUCUCCUGUGACCUGGGGGAGACAGCCUCCUACUCACUGCUCAUCCCCAACAGUGGCAACCCCGAGGUGGACAACAUCAACAUCAACAUCCCUGACACGGUGGAGGCCCACCGGCAGAACAGUCGCAGGCAGAAACAGGAGACGGGAGGCUACCGCGAGGAGAUACAGCUGCUCAACGAAGCCUACAGGAAGCAGGAAGAGGACAGAGAAGACUGAUACACACAGGAAGCAGGAAGUGGACAGAGAAGUCUGAUACAUACACAGGAAGCAGUAAGAGACAGCGAAGACUGAUAAACACACAGGAAGCAGGAAGUGGACAGAUAAGACUGAUAGACACAGGAAGCAGGAAGUGGACAGAGAAGUCUGAUACAUACACAGGAAGCAGGAAGAGACAGAGAAGGCUGAUAAACACACAGGAAGCAGGAAGUGGACAGAGAAGUCUGAUACACACAGGAAGACAAUGAGUGGACAUAGAAUACCGAUGAGCACACAAAGGAUGGACAGACUGGGAAUGCAUAACUAUAUAUUUUAAGUAUGUAUUUUGACUAAACAUUAGCUGCCACUGCCUAAGACUGCUGGGACACUUAUCCUGUGUCCAUUCUGUGAUCUAGAGGUCCAUUAUGUAUAGAUGUGAUGAGGUGAGGUGGAGAGAAGUGGAUGCAGGAAUAAGGGAUGAGAUGAGGUGGAGAGAAGGUGAUGCUGCAGGACUAAGGGAUGAGAUGGAGAGAAGGUGAUGCUGCAGGACUAAGGGAUGAGAUUUAGAGAAGGUGAUGCUGCAGGACUAAGGGAUGAGGUGGAGAGAAGGUGAUGCUGCAGGACUAAGGGAUGAGAUGGAGAGAAGGUGAUGCUGCAGGACUAAGGGAUGAGGUGAGGUAUAGAGAAGGUAAAGCUGCAGGACUAAGGGAUGAGAUGGAGAGAAGGUGAUGCUGCAGGACUAAGGGAUGAGAUUUAGAGAAGGUGAUGCUGCAGGACUAAGGGAUGAGGUGGAGAGAAGGUGAUGCUGCAGGACUAAGGGAUGAGAUUUAGAGAAGGUGAUGCUGCAGGACUAAGGGAUGAGGUGGAGAGAAGGUGAUGCUGCAGGACUAAAGGUUAGCAGCACAAUAAAAGAGUGAAGACUGAAAGGGAGUGCAGAGAGAAAGGAUGGAGAGAAGAUUACCCAUGUUAGUAUUCCUUCCAGGGUCUCCAACAUAUGGCUGCCAAUGGGUAUGGCCCUCACCAAUAAGUAAACAUGGAGACUACCAGCCCCUGUGUCUGAGUCAUCCCACUGUGUGUGUGUUACAUACAGAUCAGUGUGUCUGUACUCGUAAUAUAAUCUGCUGAAAGCCUGGACUCAGAAUAGAUCAUUUACCAUACUGUUCAUUCUGCUGCUGUGAGACAAAACUAUCAUUUUAUGUAAAUCAGUCUGAAGAGAGAAAUAGAAGAUGCGAGAGAGAGAGAGAGGUAGAGAGAGAGGUAAGAGAGAGAGAGA